AGUUUCCCGCUGCAAUCUACUGCAUCUAGGGGAUCUCAUCUUCCCCCGAGAUAACCGCUUCUGUAAGUCAAAGGUUGGCCAAAUUCCAAAAUGAAAUGCCGCCAGUCCUGUUCCACAAUUAGAGACUAUCCUCUAGAAUACUUAAUCUCGACUGCAGCUACUGACGACGAUUCUACCUACCUACCUACCUACCUACCUACAUACAUACAUACAUACACAAUACACAUGCAGUCCAAAGUCCAAACCACCCGAGGAGAAAAUCCACCCACAGUCGAAGAUAGAUGCAGGAAAACAGAUUUUUGCCUCGUGCUACCAAUAGAAGACCACGAAUACCCUCGGAUAUCCAUCACUGGCGUGGGGUCUUUGGUCGGAAGAUAUAUGCUUGACGGGCGAAUGCACAACAUCGACUGUGAGGGCGCGAGGCCUCAUAACGAAUAUUAUGUAUGGAGAUCAAGCAUCCCGUAGCGCCUUGGGACGGGCUCCUGCAGCAGCUGGCGAGUCAUGCAUGGUCAAUCACGAAGGAGUCCGAGACAACCCAGUCCGACAUGGUAUUUAUGUAGGUAUGGAGAUGAGCAAACAUGGGAUGGAUGCAGGCAAGCUUCCUACCUACGCGCUUAGGUAGCUUCUUGCAGCUCAGGGGCUUGUCCUACCAGUCACCAGUCCAGUCCGUGUAUCUGUCA